AUGUGUGAAGCAAACCUUGCUUGGGAUGGAGAAUUCCCUGAAACCUUAACGGAGCGAUGGGAGGAGUGGUACGAACGGUUCCCAGAACGCUACACAGUACCAAGGACAUUGGCCCCCAACCAACAACCCAUCUUGUCGGUUAGUCUACACGCUUUUGGUGAUGCCAGUAAGGAUGGAGUCGCUGCGGCCGUGUACGCUGUGAUCGAACAAGAGCAUGGCAUAACUCAAGGUCUUGUGUGCUCGAAGUCCCGCAUCGCGAAGAGGAACCUCACGAUCCCACGGUUAGAGCUGUGUCAGGACAUAUGGCUGCAAACCUGGUAACAAAUGUGGAGACGGCGAUUGGCAACGAGAAAGUAACGUCGGUACAUUGUUGGUUAGAUUCUACCGUCGCGUUGUACUGGAUCAACGGCCAAGGGGAGUACCGCCAGUUUGUGUCCAACCGGGUAAAAAAGAUUCAAGAGCAUAAACGGCUCGAAUGGCAUCAUGUACCAACGAACCAGAACCCUGCUGAUCUAGGGAGUCGGGGAGGAAACGUAGUCGGCAACGAGCUAUGGGCUCGCGGCCCGGAAUGGUUAAGUGAUAAGAAAAAAUGACCACCAAAAGUCAUUCUCGAAGCAAGCUCGGAAGCUAAUGAAGAAAUCAAACAUGCACGAAGUACUCAAGUGCUCACCACCUCGAGUCAACCCACAGACAGCGAUGUCUUUGACAAGUUGAUCGAAAAGUACCCUUUGCGAAAGGUUCUGAGAAUCUGCGCCUGGAUCCAGAGAUUUGCCAGAAACUGUCGGACUCAACCUGACAACCGAGAUUCAGGACCGUUAAAAACAUGGGAAAUCAAAGAACGAGAUAUGUGGUGGAUAAAAGGGGCACAACGCGAAGCAGAAAAUAGCCAGGAGAUCGAAGCGAUCAAACGUGAGCUUAACCUUCAGCCGAACGAGAUGGGAAUCCUUGAAUGUCGCGGUAGGAUCGAGGGCGAAUACCCGAUUUAUCUGCCUCGGGACUGCACUUACACAGAGAAAGUGAUUGAGCAAGCUCACCUCGCCACACUUCACUGUGGUGUAGGCAUGACUAUGGCGAAUGUUCGAGAACGGUUUUGGGUCCCCAAGCUACGUUGUCUCGUUAAACGAAUGCGAAGUAACUGUAAUGGAUGCGUGAGAUUUAGAACGCAAGCGUACAACAAACCACCCCCUGGAAAUUUACCCCCAACACGAACUCAAGGCUCAACGCCAUUUCAAGUUCUAGGAGUGGAUUUCGCAGGUCCAAUUCGGUACCAAUCGAAAGCGAAGGCCGAGAAAAAAGCGUAUUUGGUCCUUUACGGUUGUAGUUUAACGCGAGCAGUUCACCUCGAGUUGUUGAGAUCGCUAGAAGUCGCAGAAUUUUUGCCCAGUCUCAAAAGGCUCAUAGCGCGACGAGGUCGACCGGAGUUGAUAUACUCGGACAACGCCAAGACGUUUAAAGCUGCAGACAAGUGGUUAAAACGAACACAGAAAGACGAGCGGUUGCAUGAAUUCUUGGCUGAUCGUACGAUCGAGUGGAGAUUCAAUCUUAGUCGAGCCUUCUGGUGGGGCGGUCAGUUCGAACGCCUGAUCGGGUUAUUCAAACGAGCCUUCUAUAGGACAAUCGGUAAUGGAACUCUCAAAUGGGAAGAAUUAGAAGAGUUGAUUUUAGAUAUCGAAGUAGCGCUCAACAAUCGGCCGUUGAGUUAUUUAGAGGACGAUGUCGAACUGUCGGCCCCAACCCCAAACACAAUGCUAAAUAGUAAUCCCAGCAUUCUACCCGAGUUGAAAACACACUAUCUGGAAGAAACGAGUUUACGAAAGAGAGCAAAGUUCUUGAAGAAAUGCAAGGAAACAAUGUGGAAACGUUGGACACGGGAGUACGUGCGUAGUCUGCGAGAACGUCACUGACAAUGUAGCGGUAACCAAACCUCACACCCGAAGAUCGGUGAUGCAGUUAUUGUCCAAGACGAAGAAAGAAAUAGGAAUAAAUGGAAACUAGGAGUUGUCGAAAACGUAAUCAAAGGACGUGACGGAGUAAUACGGUUAGCGAAAGUCCGGACGGCGAAAGGUAAUCUCGAGAGAGCUAUCCAACAACUUUACCCGUUAGAGUUGUCCUGCGAAGAGGAGAAAUGGACACCCAAUCCCCUUGCACCCAGUUUCGCCCCAAGGCCCAAGAGAGAUGCAGCGGCGGCAGCAACAUUACGCAUACUACAGCAAGCACAAUCGGACAGUAAAGAAUCGUGA